AUGCCUCCAACUAUUCCUCAGCGAGGCGGCCCCUCCGGCUUGAAAGUGCGUCCUGGACAAGUUUCUGGAAAGACCCUUUAUGGGCAGGGUGCAAAGCGGCACAGGAAAAUACUCAAGGACAACAUCCGUGCGAUUACUCGCCCUGACAUUCGUCGUCUGGCUCGUCGUGGUGGCGUCAAGCGAAUCUCGGCUACGGUCUAUAAUGAAGUUCGUGCAGCCCUUAAGGACAGGCUGAGAAUGAUCCUCCGCGACUGCGUCACUUACGUUGAUUACCGAAGAGCAAAGACUGUUACUGUCUAUGAUGUCAUCCAUUCCUUGAAACGCAUCGGUCGGCCGGUGUAUGGUUUUGAUCCUGAGACUUACAAACCCGUCAAGACCAAGGAGAGGAAACGAAACGCCCGGGCUGACGACAGCGACUGA